GUGAUCGAGUAUAUCACACAACGUCAGGGAGUUUGGAUACUUACUCUGUGUCACUCGCACAAGGCAUGGACUGUGAAUACAUCGUUCGUCCCCCCUACUACCCCUUCUUCAUGACACUGUACUUGCGUCCAUUAUUAAUGACGUACAACUUCAUGGACAACAACAAUUGUUCUGGCAGCUAUGUGGAGAUCAGCGGCACACAGUACUGCGGAGCUAUUGAUGGCCAGUACAGCUUCUCAUCAGAUGAGGCUGGGCUACCUGUGCGGUGUCAUCACUCUGGGAGGAGGGAAGAAUUUAACAUCUACUUCAACACAAGGCCCCUUUCAUGUAUCGUAACGCUGACCGACACUACGGGCUACAUCAACAGCUACCCUGGUUAUGGCGAUAAAAUCCUAUGGAGUUCCUCCUACACCGGCACUCACUGCGUCUUCACAAUAAAGGUGGACGACGUUGUGGGUCAGACAAUUGUCUUUAGUCUCAAUCAGUUCCACCUGGAGGACCCUUACAACAGCACAUCUGUCUGUAAUGAAUAUGUGGAUAUGAAUGGCGAAGAGAGACUGUGUGGAUACCAAUAUGGGACUCGAAGUUUCAACUUUGAUGGUACUUUUGUCGUAACCUUCACCAGUGACAAUAGUCAGACAAACAUGGACUUCGACAUCCAUUACGACAUCGUGCCAGCGACAUGCACAGCAACCUUGUCGUCAUUAUCUGGCAGCAUCAUGAGCGCCCCAGGUGACGGCAGCAACUACUUGGACAACACCCGGUGCUACUACACCUUCACAGCGACAUCCUACCCGAGAACCAUUACCUUCACCUUCACAACCUUCGAGCUGGAGAGUCAUUCCUCCUGCAGAUAUGACUACCUCCAGUUUAACAGCGGCGUGAAGAAAUGUGGAAGUAUCUUCUAUCUCGUGUAUACUGACACGAUGAACGGCCAGUACCGUGUCACCUUCUACACUGACGGAUCAGUCACACACCGUGGCUUCGUGGCCUCCUACCAGAUCAGUGACGGUAGGUAUUAAUGGUUGAUUCUCAUC